AACCAGCAAAAUAAUCCUCCGUUCGACGGACCUCAGGGUGGCUUCCUCACCGCAGGCUCUGCUUCCUCCCUUCCACUCAACUAUUCAAACACAAAUGCUUACGAGCUGAAAAUGGGUUGCUGUCAGUUCUCAAAUCAUCUACUUAACAACUUCUGCAGAACUCUCUACUGCUGCAGGGGGAGUUUUUCAACGAAUCACUGGGCCAGAACACCUCAUCAUCUCGUUUCUUCUUCACGCAUACGAUUUGCCAAGGGUUACCACAAAGUGUCAAAUUCUUUGAGGUCAGAGCUAUCUGGAACUGCUCAUGCUGUUUCUCUUAAAGAUUUGGGUACUGUUGAAGGAGAAGCAACACAACAGGAAAGUACCUCCUUUGAUUCUUCCCAGAAAACAGAGAAUUUAGUUAAUAUUGAUUCUUCAAAUGGUCGGGUGAUGCUUAUUGAUGGCACUUCUAUCAUCUACAGAUCUUAUUACAAACUUCUUGCUAAAUUACAUCAUGGGUAUCUGUCUAAUGCGGAUGGCAAUGGAGACUGGGUCUUGACAAUAUCUACGGCUUUGUCACUUAUAAUUGAUGUUCUGGAAUUCACUCCAUCACAUGUGGCGGUGGUUUUUGAUCAUGAUGGGUUUUGCUAUGGUAAUAUGCCUCAGUCGUCCAGACAAAAAUUUAUGGCAAAAGGCCAGACCUUUAGGCACACUCUCUACCCCUCGUACAAGAGCAAUCGUCCACCGACGCCGGAUACAAUAGUGCAGGGCCUUCAAUACUUGAAAGCAUCCAUCAAAGCGAUGUCCAUUAAAGUCAUUGAGGUUCCUGGUGUUGAAGCCGAUGAUGUUAUUGGGACCUUGGCCAUGCGCAGUGUUGAAGCUGGGUUCAAGGUUCGAGUUGUCUCUCCCGACAAAGACUUUUUCCAGAUAUUAUCUCCUUCAUUACGUCUUCUUCGAAUUGCACCUCGUGGUUUUGAAAUGGUUUCAUUUGGAAUGGAGGAUUUUGCUAAAAAGUAUGGAGCAAUAGAACCUUCUCAGUUCGUUGAUGUGAUGGCACUUGUUGGUGACAGAUCUGAUAACAUACCAGGAGUUGAUGGGAUCGGUGAUGUACAUGCGGUGCAGCUAAUCUCAAGAUUUGGUACAUUGGAGAAUUUGUUGCAACAUGUUGACCAAGUUGAAGAGGAGCGAAUCAGAAAGGCUUUGAUAGCAAAUAAGGAGCAGGCCCUAUUGAGCAAAGAAUUGGCCCUUUUGCGUUCAGAUCUCCCACACUACAUGGUCCCAUAUUCCAUCAGUGAUCUUGCAUUUAAAAAGCCAGAGGACAAUGGAGAGAAAUUUACGAACCUCUUGACAGCGAUUGGUGCUUAUGCAGAAGGUUUUUCGCUUGAUUCGGUUAUUAGAAGGGCUUUCUAUCUCUGGAAGAAGCUUGAAAAGUCAUAGAUUUCUAAAAAUUCUAUUUCCUAAUUUUUGUAAGAAAAUGGACGAGCACAAUAGACUUGCAUGCAUAUUGCAUUAAGAUUAAACUAUAUAUUCUUGCCA